UUGUCCCUUGGAAGGUUUUCGGUUUGUCCCAUAGGAGGUUUGUUUCUCAUGGGAUGAUGUGGUGUCCACAUCGUGGAAGUGGAGUAGGGUGGACCUGUGGAAUUACUGGCUCAAAAGUGGAGGAAUAAAAUUUAGUGAUUCAUCAUUUACAUAUAACACCCAGUGCUCAUCCAGGACUGAGAUUUCUGAAGAGAAGUUAAGAGUGGAUCCUGAAGACACAAAGCAGAGCUUCCCCAUUGCCAGCUAUUUUCAGAGAGCAGGAAAAAUGAUCCAGGCACAGGAAUCCCUGACGUUUGAUGAUGUGGCUGUGAACUUCACAUGGGAGGAGUGGCAGCUCCUGGCCCCUGCUCAGAAGAACCUGUACCGGGAUGUGAUGUUGGAGAACUAUAGGAACCUGGUGUCAUUGGGUUUUUACCCCAGGAAACCAGAUGUGCUCACCAAGUUGGAUCAAGGAAAACCAACAGGGACAGUGGAAGAUGACAUCCCCUUUCGAACCUAUUCAGAAAUCUGGAAACUUGAUGACUAUUUACUGGAGCACUUAAAAAAUGAAAUAAUGGAGAAUAGCCUAGAACAAUGGCAUAAACAUAACGCAUUUGAAAAUACUGUUCAUCAGAGCACAGCUCAUUCCGUGUUAAGACAAAAUCAUGAUAUAUGUGACUUACAUGGAAAAACUAUGAAACCAAAGUUAACUUUACGUAACCAGAACAGAAGCAAUGAAAUAAACAACCCUGCAGAUCCUAGUGGAGAUGGAAAAUCCUUUCUCCACACUAAUAAUGAACACUUUCAUACUAAAAUUAAAUCCCCUGAAAGCAAGAAACUCAUCAUUACUAAGUCCCAAUUCAGCAAGCAUCAGAAAACACAAAAAACAGAGAAGCCUCAUGUAUGCAGUGAAUGUGGGAAAGCCUUCAAGAGGAAGUCCUGCCUCACUGAUCAUCAGAUCAUUCAUACAGGAGAGAAACCCCACAGAUGUUGUCUCUGUGGGAAAGCGUUCAACAGAAAGUUCAUGCUCACUGAACACCAGAAAAUGCAUACAGGAGAAAAACCUUAUGAAUGCAAUGAAUGUGGCAAAGCCUUCCUCAAGAAAUCACGGCUCAAAAUACAUCAGAGAACACAUACUGGAGAGAAACCAUACAUUUGCAGUGAAUGUGGAAAAGGCUUUAUCCAGAAGGGAAAUCUCAUUGUACAUCAGCGCAUCCAUACAGGAGAGAAACCUUAUAUAUGCAAUGAAUGUGGGAAAGGCUUCAUCCAGAAGACCUGUCUCAUAGCACAUCAAAGACAUCACACCGGAAAGAGUCCCUUUGUGUGCAGUGAAUGUGGAAAAUCCUGUUCCCAGAAGUCAGGUCUCAUUAAACACCAAAAAAUUCACACGGGAGAGAAACCUUUUGAAUGCAGUGAGUGUGGGAAAGCCUUUACCACAAAGGAAAAGCUCAUUGUCCAUCAGAGAACUCACACAGGUGAGAGACCCUACGUCUGCAAUGAGUGUGGAAAGGCUUUUGCCUACAUGUCUUGCCUUGUUAAACAUAAGAGAAUACACACAAGAGAGAUCUGUGGAGAUUCGGUCAAAGUGGAAAAUCCUCCCUCAGAGAGUCACAGCUUAUCACAGACUAGUGGUGCUGUGCAGGAGAAAGGCCUUGUUAAUACAGUGACUAUGCAAGUGCCUUCUGUGGCUUGUCAGACGCCAUUAAACAUCAGUGGACUCUUAGCAAAUAGCAAUGUGGUCAUAGUGGGACAGCCUGCAGCCAGAUGUGCACCCUUAGGAGAUAACAGAGGGUUUGCACAGGACAGAAACCUUAUGAAUACAGUGAAUGUGUUCGUGCCUUCUGUGGUCAAUUAUGUCUUAUUUUAUGUCACAGAAAACCAGUAGGAGGAAGCUUGGAGACAUUCUACGUGGAGAAGGAUUGAGCAAAAAUUUCUAGAUUAUAUUAUGGCUGAAAAGUAUAUACUGAGAGGAAUUGUAUAAAGGCUGAGGCUGGGAAAGCCUGAUUUCCAUAUCCUAUUAAAAAUAUGCAUUGAUACAGAGGCAUAAUCUGAUGUUAACCCAAACACAUACACAUCAGUUGCUCUAUUGUAUCUGUUAAAGGAAUGGAGGAAGUCUGAGUUCAACUAAGUGGAGGAAAUGAGUAGGUGAAUUUUAAAAACAUACAAGAUAAUUUGUAUCUGGAAUGCUGCUAUGAAUGAAAAAUCAGGAAAGGGCUAAUAUUGGGUGGGUGGGAUAUGGGACAUGUGUAUAUCAAUUCAGUUUCCCCAGGCCAAGAUGAUACAUUGGAAACUGGGAUGUCUGCUGUAAGCUCUUAAAGUUUAUUUUAUGCAGAGGCACUCAUGAAACAGCAGCCUUAGACUGAGUCAGUUCAUUAGUUUAUGGAGUAUUUGUCAAAUACUCCUUUUGUACUGGGUCCUGUUCCAGAAGCUGAGGAUACAGUAGUGACCAAAAGUAGAAAAAGCCCCUAGUUUCCUGGAGAGAGCACUGAGGUUACUAGAUUAUCCUUAAGUGGUAUGUUUACACACCAGCUAAUCUAAUAAGAGGAUGUAAAUAUCCACACUAGGUGAAAUAGUCUUGGUUGUUUGCUGUAAGAGGAUACUGUAGACUGGAUGGCUUAUAAAAAAAAAAAUUAUUAAAAAAGUGCAAAGUUUCUACGUAACGAAAGUUUCAAAACUUUCUAAGUAUGAGAAGAAUAAAAAAUGAAGAAAAAAUUAUUUCUGUUGUGGAAGCUGCAAAGUCGAAGAUGAAGGCACUGGCAGAUUUGUUGCCUAAAGGUCUGCUUCCUGGCUCACAGGAGGCAGUCAUCUCACUGUUGUCCUCACAUAGGGGAAGGGGAAGGGCGUUCGUGGGAGGUCUUAUAGGGGCACUGAUCUGAUUCAUGAGUGUUACAUCCUUAUGGCCUAAUCACCUCAAGGGCCCACUUCUUUAUUUUUUUUAAUGUUUAUUCAUUUUUGAGAGAGAGAGAGAGAGACAGUUAUGAGCAGGGGAGGGGCAGAGAGAGAGGGUGUCACAGCACUCGAAGCAGGCUCCAGGCUCUAAGCUGUCAGCACAGAGCCUGACGCGGGGCCCAAACAAACGAACUGUGAGAUCAUGACCUGAGUUGAAGUCGAACACUUAACCAACUGAGCCACCCAGGCAUCCCAUCAAGUGGCCACUUCUUAAAACCAUCAUAUUUGGGAUUAGGCUUCAAUAUAUGAAUUUUGGCGGGGGGGGGGGGGAGAAACACAAGUAGUCCAUAGAAGAUAGAGAGUAUGGUGGUCCCCUCUUAUAUGCUGAGGAUACAUUCUAAGACCCGCAGUGGAUGCCUGAAGCUAGAAUAGUACUCAACCCUAUACAUAGUAUGUUGUUGUUUUUUUUUUUUUUUAAUUUAUUUUAAUUUUUUUAAAUGUUUAUUUUUGGGAGAGAAAGAGGCACACAGAGUGUGAGUGGAGAGGGGCAGAGAGAGAGGGAGACAGAA